ACGGAAGUCAGCACUGGCGGUGGUGGCGGCCUCGUCAGCCUAGCAGCAGGAAGAGGAUGUUUGCUUCCAGUGAAAGAAUAAUAUCACCUGAUCGCAAGUCUUUCUAACAGAGAAAAUCACCGGAUAGCAUUUUCUGCAGAGUCUGCUGUGGAUUUAAGCGGCACAUUCCCCUCACCCGGAGCCGGCCUCUGUGAGCCUGAAGCAGGGCGCUGGACAAAAUGUCCCUGUUCCAGUCGGCACUGGAUUUCCUAGCCGGGCCCGGCUCGUCCGGAGGUGCCAGCCGGGACCAGAAUGAUUUCGUCGGACAGAUCGUUGAGCUCGGCGACAUGAAACUGAGGAUCAAGAGGGUGAUCGCGGAAGGAGGAUUUGCCUUUGUGUAUGAAGCCCAGGACAUGAGCAGUGGUAAAGACUACGCCCUCAAGAGGCUGCUGUCCAACGAGGAAGAGAAGAACAAGGAAAUCAUACAGGAAGUCUGCUUCAUGAAAAAGCUGUCAGGUCAUCCCAACAUGGUUCAGUUCUGCUCUGCUGCCUCCAUCAGUAAGGAGGAAUCAGACACGGGACAGGCAGAGUUCUUGAUCCUCACAGAGUUGUGUAAAGGUCAGCUGGUGGACUUUAUAAAGCGGGUAGAGCAGAGGGCUCCCCUGUCAUGUGACACCGUGCUGAAAGUCUUCUACCAGUCGUGCCGCGCCGUGCAGCACAUGCACAAACAGAAGCCUCCGAUCACACACAGAGACCUCAAGAUUGAGAACCUCUUGAUUAGUAACCAGGGCACCAUCAAGCUGUGUGACUUUGGCAGCGCCACCACAGUGUCACAUUACCCCGACUACAGCUGGUCGGCACAGAAGAGGUCCAUGGUGGAGGACGAGAUCACAAGGAACACCACUCCAGCGUACCGGACGCCAGAGAUGAUCGAUCUCUACUCCAACUUUCCCAUCAAUGAGAAACAGGACAUCUGGGCCUUGGGAUGCAUCCUCUACCUGUUGUGUUUUAAGCAGCACCCAUUCGAGGAAGGAGCCAAGCUGCAAAUCGUCAACGGAAAAUACUCCAUCCCUCAGAAUGACGUCAAAUACACCGUGUAUCACAACCUCAUACGUUCUAUGUUGAAGGUGAACCCAGAGGAGCGUCUGUCUAUUACAGAGUUGGUCAACCAGCUCCAGGAGAUAGCAGCAGCACGCAACGUCAACCCCAAGUCUCCCAUUACAGAGCUGCUGGAGCAGAACGGAGGGUUCGGCAACAACGGAGCCCAGCCGCCCAUGCAGAUCCACAACGUCCAGAACAAUGCAGGCAUAUACGAUCCUGAUCAGGCAGGCAGCGGCCUCUUCGAUAUCUUGAGGGGAGGAACCGAACGCUUCCUGACCAACAUAAAGGACACUUCCUCUAAGGUCAUCCAAUCAGUAGCAAACUAUGCCAAAGGGGACCUAGAUAUUUCAUAUAUCACCUCCAGAAUAGCAGUCAUGUCCUUCCCAGCAGAAGGGGUGGAGUCGGCAAUAAAAAACAACAUUGAGGACGUCCGUCUCUUCCUGGAUUCCCGUCAUGCGGGCCACUAUGCUGUCUACAACCUCUCCAAACGAUCAUACAGGCCUUCUCGGUUCCACAACAGGGUGUCAGAGUGUAACUGGCAAGUGCGCCGCGCCCCCAACCUCCGCAGCCUCUACAGUGUGUGUAAGAACAUGCAUCUAUGGCUCAAACAAGACCAGAGGAACAUCUGUAUAGUACACUGUCUGGACGGUAGGGCAGCAUCAGCCGUAGCAGUUUGCUCCUUCCUGUGUUUCUGUCGCCUUUUCACCACAGCUGAGGCUGCUGUCUACAUGUUCUCAAUGAAACGCUGCCCGCCUGGUAUAGCACCCUCACACAAGAGGUAUAUAGAGUAUAUGUGCGAUAUGAUGGCAGAGGAGCCCAUCGUCCCACACAGCAAGCCCAUAAUAAUUCGCUCUAUCGUCAUGACACCCGUGCCGCUGUUCAAUAAGCAGCGUAAUGGGUGCAGGCCGUUCUGCGAAGUCUAUGUGGGCGACGAGAGAGUCCUCACCACAUCACAGGAGUACGACAAGAUGAAGGAUUUUAAGAUGGAAGAUGGCAAAGCAGAGAUUCCCCUCAAUGUGACAGUCCAAGGAGAUGUACUGGUGGUGAUCUACCAUGCGAGAUCUACACUGGGAGGACGUCUGCAGGCCAAGAUGGCAUCCAUGAAGAUGUUUCAGAUCCAGUUCCACACAGGCUUCGUCCCCAGAAAUGCGACCACUGUAAAGUUUGCCAAGUAUGACUUGGAUGCCUGUGAUAUCCAGGAGAAGUACCCCGACUUGUUCCAGGUCAACUUGGACAUCGAGGUGGAAUCCAGAGACAGACCCAGCACCAAGACGCCUCCUUGGGAGGGCUUUCAAACCAAGGGCCUCAACCCUAAAAUCCUUUUCUCCUCUCGUGAUGAACAGCAGGAGAUCCUCAGCAAGUUUGGUAAGCCCGAGCUGCCUCGUCAGCCUGGUUCCUCUGCAUUUUAUGACUCUGAGUCGCCCCAGCCUGCUCAGACCCCAGAAGGCUCCAAUGCAACAGAACCAGAAUCUCCUGUGAGCACCGAUAGCAACGCCAACAACUUCUUCCAGACUCUGGACUGGGAAGAUGUGGGUGGCCAUCAGGAGACCUCAGAAAGUCAAGGAGGGGGAUCCAUGAAUGACCAGGAGGAUCUGAGUGAUCAGUCCGAAGGAGAGUCCUACUCUUACUCUGCCCCCAGCGGGGAGCCACUGUCACGUGACCCCAGUGAACCGCUGUUUGAUGCUGACUUCCAGAGCACCCCUCCUGCAGCACAGGACUCUCCCAUCGGUGACACAGCUGACCUCCUGGGGUUGAAUUCUGACCCUUCCAUGUCCUCGGCCUCCUCCUCUGCUCCUCAGCAAGGAGUCCAGGGAGGAAUGAAAGCCGCAUCCAGCAACAGCGACCUCCUCAACGACCUGUUUGCACCCCCUGCUGCUCAGACAGGAGCAGUGCAGGAAGACUUAUUCUUCAGCGGGUCGACCAGUGGCUCCACACAAGACUCAAAGUCCAUGGGCGACCUGUUUGAUCCGUUUGGGAUGGGGUCUGGCUCCGGUGUCGGCGCCACUGUGGGUUCGUCUCGGCAGGCCUCUGGACCGGACCUGUUUGGAGACUUGUUGGGUACUGAAGGUUCAGCCAACAGUAACCCCACUCCUGCUUCCAACACAAGCCUCUUCAACCUCAAUAAGCUAGUGAAUGAUACCCCCAAGAUGACAUCAUCAGCGAGCCAACCAGACCUGCUGGGUGGUUGGGACAGCUGGGCGGCCGGCACCACCGCUAGCAUGAGCACCACCGCUAACAAACCAAGCUACACCAACACAGCUUCUGGUGCAACAUCUAUGUCGAAGGCCAAAUCUCAGACCUUUGAUCCGUUUGCCGACCUUGGAAACCUGGCCUCCAAUUUGCCAGGUUCCUCCAGCAGUAAUUUCUCGGGGCCUUCUUUUAGCACGAAGGCUCCUGCCUCCUCUGCUAAGCCUCAAGCCCAGCCCUGGCAGUCUGGAAGGCCCGCCUCAGCCCAGAGCAAACCUUGGAUGUCUGGAUCAGGAUCCGGGCCCGCACCCAAAGUACAUUCUGCCGCUCCGCCUGCAGGCGCACAGUCCACUAAACCCAACUACAACCUCAACUUCUCUAGUGUCAUUGGCGGGAGAGAGGACAGAGGAGUCCGCGGGCCUGGAUUUGGCCCCAAGCCAAAGGUAAAGGAGGAUGAUUUUGAGGACCUGCUGUCAACUCAGGGUUUUGCCUCCAGGCCUGAUAGAAAGGGACCAAGGACCAUCGCUGAAAUGAGGAGACAGGAGAUGACGAAAGAAAUUGAUCCACUUAAAUUACAGAUCCUGGACUGGAUUGAGGGGAAGGAGCGGAACAUCCGAGCGCUGCUGUCGACGCUUCACACUGUGCUGUGGGAGGGGGAAACCCGCUGGAGGCCCGUGGGCAUGGCUGACCUGGUGACGCCUGACCAGGUGAAGAAGUACUACAGGAAGGCUGUGCUGAUUGUCCAUCCAGAUAAGGCAACAGGCCAAUCUUAUGAAGAUUACGCUAAAAUGAUCUUCAUGGAAUUGAACGACGCCUGGUCAGAGUUCGAGAACCAGGGAUCCAAAGCACUCUUCUAAAACCCUGGUCUGGAUCCCAGCUAGACCAGCCCAGACCAGACUGGACUGGAUUUGGCCUAACCAAACACGGGUUAGACUGGGCCAGAUUGGACAGGACUGAGCCCACAUUGGGCCUUACGGGGCACGGAGCCUCUGAGAGGUGUCCUCUCUACCAUUCCCUUCACUCCCUUCUUCCUUCUUUACUUUAUUCUGUUUCUACAGUCAAGGAAAAAGACCUUUUGCCUCACGUCCGGCUGUAGGGACAAUUUCCUCACUGGUUGAUAAACGGCCAGGAAAAUAAACAUUGUGAUAGUUCUUAAACUCACUGCCUACCUGUACGACUGCCUGAGAGGUGCUGCAAACAUCUGGAGGGAAGAGUGGGCGACAAUCACACGAAGAAGAAGAAGAAAAUGGAAAAGAAAUCAAAUAAGACUUUUAAAAUGACCAAGCUGAUUAUCAUUAUAAAAUGGUAUUCAGAUAAAAAAAAGAUUCAGUGAGCCCACACUAAUAAAAUGCUGGUAAAUUCUGGCUUUGGCUGGUAAGUUUGUGAUCUGUGCCUGGCACUUUUGCAAACAACCAGUCAUUUUGCUGACUGGUUAAAACAAACUAAAAAACACGGCUGUAUUUCAGCAUGCCAGCCAAUAUGGAAGUGUUUUUAAGCUUAGUUGCCUCAAAAAAAUAACGAAUGUUGAUGAAUCUUGGAACAAACCAGCCACAACAACCAAUGGACAAAAAAAAACUUUUAUCCUGUCUUUAAUGCAGAAGAAGCAGGAUUAAAAUCUCCCCAGGAUUUCAAAAUAAGACGGACGCAUUAAGACUUUGAAGUGGUCCUGCUGCACCUUUUUGGGGUCAACAGGUGGUUGGGUAUGUUGUUGAGCCAUCCUUCUCCAGAAAGACAAGACUCUUGCCUGCUGAACACUACUAGUGCUGCUUCUACCAUUACAGUUACUGCUACACACACUCCUCAGAUUGAUGUUAAAACCUGCAUCCUGAACUUCUGACAAAAGGAGCUGAACUUGUUUUGGAGCCCCAUAUAAACCUAAGCGGGCAGUCUGUUGUUGUGUUUUUUUGAAGUGCUCUUUUAAUUCCACCCACUCAGGCUGUACUGUGUAGCUAACUGCAUGCUCUUCCACACCGAAACCUCUUAUAAAAACAAGAGGUAGGUGUGUUUGAUUUCAAACCAGGGUAGUCCGAAACGGGCGGUGACUCUUUUAUUGAAGUGCUCUUUCUCUUGUAGAGGAGUCUACCUGCCUGAUUGCGCUGCGUGGCAGAAUACAUGCCUUCCCAGCGCUCAUCGCUCAUGAGCGUCUCCAUCAUCACUGUCAUUAUUAACCCCUCUCUUUGUCUCUGUAAGCCCCGCCCACCUCCAGCGCCUAGUUCAGUGGACAUUAUUUGUCAGUUGCAUAGGAGGAGAUCAAAAAAAAAGUGAAGGAAUGAAAGGAGAAUUUGGUGAUUUAAUCUGGUUUGCUCAUGAUUUUUAAGUCUUUCUUGUAUUUUCUGGGGUUCAUUCUGAGCUUUGAGCUUUCGUCAGUUAAUCAUGACUUCAGUGUAAAUAUAAAAAAUAUUAUCAUCCAUCAAGUGGCUUUGUUAAGAUUACAGCCUGGUGUGUUGAUGAGUUACAUGCUUGAGUGUGUGAAUGGUUGUGUGAUUGUGUGUGUGAAAGGUGGAAUGUGUGUGUGUGUGUGUUUCUUUCUGGGGGAAGAUAAUGAAAGACAUGUAAGACAUCAUUCUUGUCUGCAAUCACAAUCUUUUUUCUUUCUUUUUUUUUUCCACAUUUUUGUUUUUGUUGUUUAUCUUUUCAAAAAUAUUUCCAACUUUUGCUUGCUCUUUAUUUCCCUUUAUUUUUUAUUUUACAUUUUACCUCAUGGACCAAUCAAAUCACCUGUUUUCUUAUUUAUUAUUAUGUUUUUGGGGGGAUGGAGGGUCAGGGGUUAUAAUUACAUGUAUUCCUGCACAUUGCUGGCACAAGUGAAAAUUUUCAGAUAAUAUAUAAGUGGAAUGUGCUGAUGUAAGUGGGACAGUUGUUGGUUGAUCACAGUGAGCCUCGUUGUUGCUGUUUUCAUUCCGAAGCAUCUAUUAUUAAUAAGAAUGUGCUUUUACAAAUAUAUAUCCUCUCUGUUGUUAAGCUGUAUGUGUUUAUCAUUUGUCUCCAUAGUCUGUCUUUUUGUUGUUAGCUCUUUGUUUCUUUUUUUUCCUCCCGCUUCUGUUUUGCAUUUUGACAUUUUGUUAAAAUUCCAACACGAGGGGCCAGUAAACCUAAGUAAGAAAAAAAAAAACUGAUGCUUGAAAUUCCUUUUGACAGUAUCAUCAUAUUAUAAAGAGGGAGGAUUGCAAAACCACACAUCAGCAGUGUUUACUGUACCAAAUUACAUCAUACUAAUAUGAAUGUAGAUUUCAAUGCAAAAACAAAUAAUUAAAAAACCUUUGAUUUGAGGCAAAUAUUUUGGUGUUUUAUUGUCUUUUUGCAGAUUCACCUUCACAAGAUAAAUAAGAUAAAGAUUAUCAUGAGAAUGUUUUUAAUAAUUGGAGAGGUAACCAUGAUUAAUUUCCUUUUUAUCAAUGUAAGAAACCUCAGUCGUGUGUAUAUCGUUUUUAUGUAUCUUACUGCACUUCCAGCUCAUUUGGAUUUCUAUUUGGACUCAUGAAUGAACUGAUUAAAUUUUGGUGGUCAAAGGUCA